ACAAAACUUGAUAAAAGACAAAUGAUGCAUAAAUCACUUUAAUUCUCAAUUAAAUGAUUAUAUUUGCAUUUAACUCGUUAAAACGCAGCAUUACUAAUAUUGCGAGCGCUUUUUCUUCUUUUGUCUUUGAACAAACUCAACGAAAUGUAAAAUUGAACAUCUUUCAUGACGCAGUUGUACAAAUUUGAUUUGUUAGAAACACUGGUAACUUCAACAAGUACAUUUGUGUACUUCGUGACGUUCUUUUCAAGUCAAAAAGCAGAAAACAAAGCGACGGCGUCGUCAAACAUCUAUAUUCCAUGAUAAGAAGGUACGUGCUGUAAGUUCUAACUCCAGAACAGGUGGGCGACUGGUGCCAUCAACCCAUUGAACAACUGAGCUUUAGAGGUUGUCGACAAAGAAUACCAAAACCUGUUAGACCGUGCUUAUCUACUGGUCAUAUAAACAAAUAGUUCUAGUGGUUUCAAGCUGCCGUUGAUAGUACACUUUGAUGGUAUAGUUGUCACGAUUCAACGAGAGGAGUUUCGCCCGUGGAUCCUUGAACUAGUCGCAUAUUAACUUGUUAUAAGGAUCAACGAUUUUUGGAAAAACAAAGUGUUCUUUUGCUGACAAAGAAAGGCCCAUUUGGUGGCUAAUUCAGCUUCAUUAUAUCAGGGUAAAGACGAAAGUUUAAACAUCAAAGGCGACGAAUACUUUUACUUUAAAUGUAAAGAAAGAAGUUCGUUUGUUUUCUGGACAUUUUGGCUUCAUCGACCGUAAUUGUGGUAUAAAUUUCAAGCAUUCAGUUCAAAAAAAUCCGUUUUUCCUUGGUCAAGUUCUAGCUCUGAGAUAUAAACGACUGCUGAAGGUGACAAAUUGACAUUAAUUCACAAAGCGUCACAGGAACUUAUGAUCAUCGAUCAUAUUCAGCAGCUGAAUGCUCAGUGCCUGGAUCGUGGAUGGCAAAACCAUGCUACCGAAGGAUUCAAUAAUGGUUUUGUCAAAAUUUGUGACUAUUAACAAAUCAAGGAGCACAUUUAAGCUCUUUUUACUAAGAUAACCUGAUGCCUUUUUCCAUCGUUAUAUUGGUGAUAGGUCUUCUGCUUGGGAUAACUACAUUGAUAGGAAUAUUUGGGAACUUUGCUGUAGUUCUUGCAGUAUCUUGGAACAAGACUCUCAGAACACAACUGGGAUUGUUUCUUGUUAAUCUUGCUAUCUCUGAUAUCGGUAUGUCUGCGUCUUGCAUGCCUUUUGCUGUAGCGACUGUGCUGUUUCAUAAAGAGCACAUCGGAGAAACUUUCUGUUACUUCAAUGGGUUUAUCAACACUCUCUUUUCACUUGCCAGCAUCCUUACAAUGUGCUCAUUCAGCGUUUUCCAGUAUGUUUCAAUUGUUCUGCCAUUCGAGAGGAUGAUGACCAACUUCCGGUGUCUUUUAAUGAUUCUUGGAGUGUGGAUUGUUUCAGGUUUCUUAGCAACAGGACCCAUAAUGCAUUGGGGUCGAUAUGAGUUCACUUCGAAUAUAUUCAACUGUGAUUAUUUCCAUAGCAACCACAAGGCGGAGAUCUCUUACGAUAUAACUUUAAUGGUCGCUGGUUAUUUACUCCCGUUAUUCGUUAUGAUAUUUUCUUAUACAAGCAUUUUCGCUGCUCUUCAUAAACACAGCUCUCGCAUGACAAGAACAACGUCGUCUUCAUCGAUAACGAGCGCUGGUGCAGCCAUUUCCGCCGGAACUAAACUGCGAGUUACUGUUCUACUUAUAUUCCUUACGCUUUUGGUUUGUAGGACUCCAUUUUUUGUAUAUUUAGUGUUUGUGGUCGCACAGCCAUCUGUGUCAAUCGAUUUCCUUAGUCAGCUGUCUUUCUGGGCUAUAUAUCUACACAGUGCAAGUAACCCAUUUAUAUUCACUUUCAAACAUGUGGAAUACCAAGAAACUUUGAAGGAAAUUUAUAGCACCUGCAGAUGUGCGAUAGUUAGACACUGCUGUGCGGUUGAGGAGGGACUGGAAGACGAUACCAAUAACGAUCGCAACAAGACUCCGACUGAUAUUUCAAAGUUUCCAAAGCAAGAAAAAUAAUCACGUAACAAAUGGUUAUCAGAUAACACUGAGAAAUUAGGAAAAUGAGUGUCCCAAAUUUGGUAUAGAGGCUAAGAAAACUA